CCCGCGCCCGCGCGCGUCGAACGCGCCCGCGCGCUCGAGCGAUCGGAAGAAAUCUUUUCGAGCGCACGGCGCGCAGGAGAUCGCGCGGACGCGCUCGCGGGUGGCGUGCGAGCGCGUUGAAUUAGCUCGUCGGGACAUCGCGCGGAACGGCGAUCGGCGAGCGCGAUGCAGCGCGGCACGCGCGCGCGUGAGGACGCGAGCGAUCAGGAUGAUGUCUCGGGAAGCGCGCGCGGCGUGAAGCACGCGCGCGCGGAUGAGAGCGGCGCGAACGGGUCGAGGGACGGCGCGGGGGCGGCGGACGGAACGCCGAAUAAACAAACGACGACGACGGGCGCGACUGCGGGCGCGACGGGGGCGACGUCGCCGGUGUCGCCGUCGAGAGGGGCGUACGCCACGCGAGAAUCGCACCUGCGUAAGCAAGAGCGUGAUGGGGAGCUGAAGUGGGAGGUGAUUAAAAACGACGGGAGCGAGGCGAAUUCGCGCUUGCUCGUGGCGCUGAAGAACAUUUUUAGCAAACAGCUGCCGAAUAUGCCCAAGGAGUACAUCGUGCGGUUGGUUUUUGACUCCAGACAUUACUCGAUGCUGUGCAUGAAGAAUGGGAACGUCAUCGGGGGGAUCACGUACAGGCCGUUUCCGAAGCAACGCAUGGGUGAGAUUGCUUUUUGCGCGGUGAGCGCAAAUGAACAGGUGAAGGGAUACGGUACGCGGUUGAUGAAUCACAUCAAGGAGUACGCUAAGGAAAAGGAAAAUAUGACGCACCUGAUCACGUUCGCGGAUAACAAUGCGGUGGGGUACUUUCAAAAGCAAGGAUUCACAAAGGAAAUCAUGAUGGAGCGCGAAAAGUGGUACGGGUACAUCAAAGAGUACGACGGUGGGACGAUUAUGGAGUGUCAAUUAGAUGGGCACGUCUCCUACGUGGACUUUGUGAAUCAGAUCCGAGAACAGCGCAAGGCGGUGGAGGCCAAGGUACGAGAGAUGAGCACGGCGCACAAAGUCUACCCGGGAUUGAAGGACCACUUCAAGCCGAGCGCCGAGGGCAAGUAUAUCCCCAUCGACGUCAAACACAUCAAAGGCUUGAAAGAGGCGAAGUGGGAGGACCCAGGACUACCAAAGUACCGUUUAGUCCACCCAGGAUGCGGCGAUGGCAUACCCACGAAGGCAAACUUGCAUAAAUUCAUGAGAGCCAUCGUAAACGUGAUUCAGGCGCACUCCGAUGCGUGGCCGUUUGCCGCACCCGUGAACCCGCUCGAAGUCACAGACUACUACGACGUCGUCAAGGAUCCCGUCGAUAUGGAACUCAUCCAAGAACGCGUCUCGGCGGGGAAUUACUACGUCUCUUUGGAGAUGUUUUGCGCCGACUUCCGUUUGAUGUUCAACAACUGUCGCAUAUACAACUCACGCGACACUCCGUAUUUCAAAGCGGCCAAUCGUCUCGAGGCGUUCUUCGAAUCGAAAAUCGCCGCCGGGGUGAAUUGGAAAAUUCGCGAGGCACCUUCUCGAGGUCGAUGA